UCGGAGGCAUGGACUUUAGAACAGAAAGGAAAUACUGGAGUGUCUGCCAUGCAAUUAAGCGUCAUCAGUGACACUGAGGCAAUUGUGAUUGACAAAGUGGAACACAACCCGCUCACGACCCAAGGGCAUCCAUCAUGGGCUGCAAUUUACAAUCUCGACACACAUGCAGUCAGGGCGCUGAAUCCAACUUCGAAUACGUUUUGCGCGGCUGGAAGCUUUCUGGGAAAUGGUACCUUGAUCAAUGUUGGAGGAAACGCAGUGGUAGAAGGCAAAACGGGUACGCCGACUUUUGGAGAUUUGAACGGACUCCGAUCUAUUCGAUUCUUCACCCCAUGCAAAGAUGGACAAUGCGACAUCGUAGAAUUUCCCGAUGCAUUACGCUUGACCAGUGCGCGAUGGUAUCCAACUGUUACGAGACUACCCGACGGCAGUGUCAUGAUAAUGGGCGGUAGUAAAGGGGGAGGUUGGAAAAAUAAGGCUGGUAGCAACAAUCCUUCAAUCGAAUACUUCCCACCCAAAAAACUUGACUUCGCCCCUAAAUCACCUCAAGUUCCAAUUCAUUCACCCUUCCUGGUCAAAACACUAGCAUCUAAUCUUUAUCCAAUCUUGAUAACCCUACCAAUGCCCGAUAUGGUCUUUGCAGCAGCUAACAAUGAUGCCAUGCUCUACAGCUGGCGUACAGGAGUCGAGAGGCCUUUGCCUUCUUUCCCCAACGGUGUCCGAGUCUCCUAUCCUUUCACAGGCACAGGAAUAAUUCUUCCACUUACCUAUAGAAACGCCUAUCAGCCUGAAGUUCUCAUAUGCGGUGGAAGUUCCAUAGCUGAUAGUUUGACACAAGCGGAAGUCAAAGCGUCCGAUCCGGCAUCAGACCAAUGUGUGCGUAUGGUACUUACAGAUAGAGGUAUAGCCAAAGGCUGGGAAGUAGAGAAAAUGCCACAACCUAGGGUAAUGCCUGACGCAGUGAUGAUGCCUGAUGGGAAAGUCCUCAUCGUCAACGGCGGGAUGUCGGGAACUGCAGGUUACGGCAAUCUUCCAGACAAGAUAGGAAAUUCGAACGCCGAUCAUCCGGCCUUCAGACCUGUGUUGUACGAUCCCGCAGCACCAUUAGGCUCUAGAUUUAGCUCGGUGAACAUGCCCACAUCUACUAUCGCUCGACUUUAUCAUUCUGUUGCUACCUUGACCCCCAGCGGCCAGGUUAUGAUUGCUGGUAGUAAUCCCAAUGGGGAUAUCACAAAGACCAAGUAUCCGACAGAAUAUCGUGUUGAGUGGCUCAGCCCCCCCUACAUCACAGCUCCUGGCCGACCAUCCAUCGCUACUGUUCCAUCGAUAGCUGAUUUCUCUCAGAUGAUCAAAGUCGCCAUGUCCAGCGCAGUCCCGCUGGAAAAGAAAAAUGUGAUGGUGGUCUUGAUAGAUUUGGGCUUUGUAACCCACUCUGUGCAUAUGAACUCGCGAUGGGUUGAGCUAAAGAGUAAAUUAGGGAGCGGUCGUGAUCACUUAAGUGUUCAAAUCCCAACGAGUCCAGAAGUCUACCCACCAGGUUAUGGCUGGAUCUUUGUGGUGAUUGACGGGAUUGCUAGCAAGGGUCGAAGACUGAUGAUUGGUACUGGAAGG